AUGCCACAGCGCUGUGUCGCUACUGCUGCUGCUGCCGUUGCUGUCGCCGAUAUCAUCGUCAGUGUCCUCACGGGCAUCAUCAGCAUCAUUAUUUGGAAUUGUAAGUGUAUGGAGCGCGCAAGAAUUAACAAUGUAUGA